AUGCAGGUCUGGGACAAGCGGUACCAGGACGGCGUGUCGGUGGAGUGGUACUGCGGCUUCGACCACGUCCGGCCGCUCUUCGAGCGCUUCAUUCCCAAGGAGUCAAGCGUGCUGGAGGUCGGCUGCGGCGACAAGCCGUUGGCGUGGGACCUGAGAGACGCGAGCUACACCGGAAAGAUCACGAGCUUCGACUUUUCUCCCACCGUGAUCGAGAGGCUCUUGUUGGAAGCCCGGAGCUGCGACCGCAAGAGACUUGAUGCGGGUGUCGACUUUCAGGUUCUGGACGCGCGGGAUCUCCCGUUCGAGGACGGCUCGUUUGACCUCGUGGUGGACAAGGGGGCCGUGGACGCGAUGCUCUGCGACGACGCCGGCCAGGAAAACGCCAGGGAGAUUUGCCUCGAAGCCGCGCGGGUCGUAGCCCCGGGAGGCUGGUUCGUGGUAGUGUCGCACAUUCACCCUUCCACCCCCGAGGGGAUGGCGCUCUUGGAGGAGGCUCUGGUGCCGGCGCUGCGGGAGUCUUCUUCCUCCUUGUCCGCCGGGGAGGGCGGGGAGAGGGAGGACAGGGAGGGAGAAUACGAAGAGGUGUAUGAAUACGAAGAGGUGUAUUCCUGGUCGGUAGAUGUCCACUGCGCCGACGGCGAUGAGGAGGAGGAGGAGGAGGAGGAGGAGGAGGAGGAAGAUAACGGUGCCGGCGGUGGCCGGGAAAGCGGUGAAGGGGGAGGAGGGGAAGAGCAGCAUGGUCAUGGUCACGGGGACGGAGAUGAACAAAGCGCGAGCGGGCAAAGCGUGGGGCCGAGCGCGUACAUGGCACGGAAGGUACCGAGGAGACACACACGCUCGUCGGCGUCGGGAGAGCCGCAAGCCAUACCGGUCCGCAUACACGAGUACUAAAUAGCGUAGGUUUUCGGUUUCGGUGGUGACGCGAGACAUCCCGUCCUAGGAGUGGGUAGCUUUGGAGUAAUGGUUCGCCUGCGAGGCGAAACGAAAAACAGCAUGUUGAUGUGACAUUUUUUGGUUUGUUUUCUUAGGUUCGUUUUUUUUGUCCUUUUUUUCCGGCAUUCUUUCCUUGUGUUGAUUCGUGGCACAGCAGUGGGGGUGGUUGUUGUGCCCAUUGGAGGUGCCUCGGCUGACGUUUGAGCGGUGUCGUCGUUAGGCGUUUCGAUUACACCGCCAAAAAUGGCUGAUGUGGCUUCAUUUGGGGAGAGUCAAUCACUUAUCACGUUGGGCUCCAUGAUGGCACGCGUGAUACAAUCUGAAACCCGUGGGAAUUCAGUGGAGGUCUCGAGCGAUGUCGUCAAUAAGCAUGUACGGUGUCGCAGUUAUGGAAUUUUCGAUGUAUGUUCGUCGCCCACGCAAGCAACCGCUACAACUGCCAUAAUAUUUUGGAGCAGUAUGGAUUGCUCGGAUUCCCCGUCUAAAGUUGUUCGGGUGAGAGGUGCAAUCCACCGCCGUUCGUUUUGCCCGCGUGGUCGAUCUGACGCUAUCUGGCCUCUGCUCUUUCCCGUUCGAUGUUGGACUUAACUAUAAUAAUACUGCUCGGCG